AAACAACCUUUAGCUAUUUUCUCAUUUUUGCGUCAACGUUCUCCUAAAACUUUCAAGUUUGAAGAUCGACGUUCAUAACCUGAUCUUCUGAAGGAACCGCGACUCAAAAUCACCUUGAAAUAGGUGACGAAAUCACAAAUUUUGGCAGCCAGUUCAAACUCAUCACGGUUUACUCGAAGCCGUUGGCAACGGAAGAAGAAAUCAGAAAUAACGCAUACGGGACACAGUUUUUUCAUCAUCCUUUGUCAUACCGGAGAGAGUAGGAGAGGAAGUCUUUCGCUUUUUUGCUGAACACGCACGACAGCAGACCGGAAGUCUUAAGUUUUCUCGCUAGACACACGACAGUGGCGCUCAGAGAUCACGCAUCGUCGCUGCCAUCGUUAUCGCCAACAUGUCUUUGCUUAAGAUGCCGCUUGGAGAACUAAAUCCUCACUUGAUGUGUGUAUUGUGUUCUGGGUACCUUGUAGACGCAACAACGAUUAUCGAGUGCCUGCAUUCUUUUUGUCGUAGCUGUAUCGUUAAAUAUCUCCAGACAUCGUAUCACUGUCCUGUCUGUGAUGUUGAGGUCCACAAAACCAAACCACUGCUUCAUAUAAGACCCGACCGACCGCUCCAGGAAAUUGUGAACAAGCUUGUUCCAGGAUUAGUAUAUGACGAAUUCAAUCGCCGUACAAAAUUCGAAGACAAAAUAGAAGAGGAAAAUUCUACAAACGAAGGUGAAACUGAGGCAGCGACAACUGAUUGUGAAACGAAAUCAAAGAACAACGCAGAGGUGAAGAUGGAAGAUCCUAUGUUUAUCACUUUGGAAUAUUACAGGCGUCAAAAAAUCUGGAAUGAACGCCAGAUCUUUCCGACUCGUUAUCUCAGAUGUCCGUCUGCAGUGACUGUCAACGUAUUGAAAAAAUUCCUUGCAAUGAAGUUUGCCAUCCCUAACACACAUCAGGCUGAACUUGUUCGUUCAGACGAGCUUCUUGACGACUCAUUGACGAUGAAGGAAGUUUCGCAAAUAUAUGGACUCUACUCGAAAUCUUUCCUAGAUCUCCAGUACUCUUUCUUGGACGUUUGUAAGGAGGAUACCGAAACAAAGGUGAAAGAACCGCCAAGGAAAAAACUUAGAACAUGCAACGAAGAUGGAGAUGAAACAAAAGCAAGCGAACAUUUUGUUGGGGCACAAACCAAACAGUUGAUUAUGGAUGAAAAGGGAAAGGAUCCCCAACAGCCUUGUACAAGGCUUGAAAAGGAUAGUCCCGUAAAACAUUCUCCGGAGGGUGUCAUUUUACCAACAUUUCCUGAGACUCCUCCAAGUUUUGAAGUUGAUCCCGAGGAAGAAGAAACUCCCGUACCAGUCUAGAACUUGCGAACUCAGUUGCCCGUUGUUUGCCUGUGUACGCUCAUGUGAACGCAUUGAGACCGUGAAAUAAUUUUUCGUUCGACGAUCGAAAUCAUUUCCCCUACAGUCUCUCAAGAAAGCUAAGUUCAAAGGGAGUCAAAUCUGUGUGGGGUCUCCAAAUCGGCUGGGUAAAAAUAUUGUGUUUCCAAUAACAGAGGUUUCCAAAGGAAUCUCUAAGUUUCGUUGAAAGGUAUCCUUGAAAAGUACAGAGAACUGAUCUCUCUCCUCUUUUACGCAACAAUUGAUACGCUGCUUUUAGUGUUAAAAGACAAGUAGGUGAAAAAGAGUUUUCUUUAACGUUUCGAGCGUUAGCCCUUCGCCAGAGCGAAUGACGAAGGCGUAACGCUCGAAACGUCAGGCCAAUUUUCGUUAUCAACUCAGUUGAUGAACCAAAUUCUCCUUUAAUUACUUUUCUAUAUCGAGAGUAUCCAAGCUUCUGGAAUGUCACAACCACAACCACAACCACAAUAGGAUCCCUGUUUAUAUUUUAGCACACAAAAGAAAUGUGAUUUAUGAAAGCUGACCGCUGGACCACCAGAGCCUCAGCUAAGAGAUGUAAUCUGUCUUCAGGCGUGCACCAUUUUUUUCUUUGUAAGAACCUUUUUUUACAUGAACAUUCAGGCUGAGAUUAGCCAAAAUUUCAAGAACAC